AUGGCACCAAAGAACACCGACCCGGUGCGUGCAGCAGAGAGUAAUCUAGGAUACCUCCUCGGCGUUACCGCGACUUUCCAUGUCAUCGCACUGAUCUUUGUUGGGAUGCGCAUGUAUGCCCGCUUCCUCGUCGUGAAGGCAUUUGGCAAAGACGAUGCCCUCAUACUAGCGGCAGCGACUUGUGUAUUUCUUGGUGGAAUGGUGACCUACAUACUAGCUGGCCAGCAUGGCUUAGGUCGUCACACCGACACUCUCGAGAAGUCAGAUCACCAAGAGUACCUGAAGUUGACCUUCAUACAAGCUCUUGUCUCCAGUAUUGGUGGUAUGGCCUUCCUCAAGUUGUCCGUCGGGUUCUCACUCCUUCGUUUGGGUGUUCCAACGUUAUACAACAGGAUACUCUGGUCGCUUAUCGGCUGCAACAUGUUUACGGAUAUCUGCUUUGCAACCAUCCCUAUCCCCAUCAUUAUGGGGUUGCAGAUGAAGCAGAAGACUCGCAUGUACCUCAUCUUUGUUCUGAGCUUGGGCUACACAGCGGUGGCCAUGGGCAUCGUCAAGGCCGUUGUCCAGAACACAAAGAGAGGCGACCCCGACCAGUCAUUCACCAACGACAUCCAAUUCUGGGGCUUCCUCCAAGUGAACGUCGGAAUCAUAGCCGCAUGUGCGCCAUCGCUCAAGCCCCUCGUCGGUGGCAUUCUUCGCCUCCCCUCGACGCAGUAUUCCAACAGCCGAAGUAACUUCGCCUCGGGAUCGAACGGCCAGUCCAACAAAAGUAGAUUGCAAAGCAGGAUACGCGUUAGCACUCGAAUUGAGAGCAAAGGGUGGAUAAGGACAGAUAGCGAUAUCGAGCUGGAUGAGCGGGAGUCCUUUGGCAGCCAGGCGCAAAUAACGAGCAUCAAGGAUGAGCGUGUUGUUCGAUAA